AUGCACGAAGAGGACCAGGAGAGCGUAAGCGACGAGCGCGAGCUCAAGUCGCGUAAAGAACAUGCGAAUGCUUUCACUGAGUGCAGUCAAUGUCGACAGCCAGGGAGCGAGGCUUUGGUGAUGGAGGGGGCGGAGGUUGUGAAGCUUGGAGCUCCUGUAAUCGGGUCUCUCGCCCUUCAGAUGGGCCUCAGCUUCACCAUCUUCUUAGCAGCAAGGGAAAAGGGACCGGCAGCGCUGGCGGGAUUGGGACUAGGGUCCAUGUACGUCAAUGUUACAGGAACCUCGCUGCUGAUGGGGCUGUCCUCCGCGCUUGAGACUCUCGCUGCUCAUUUCCAUGGAGCCCAGCAGCCUCGUCAAGUUUCUCUCGCCCUUCAGCGAGCCAUGUUGGUCCUUGCCGCUGCCUCCAUCCCUAUCGCCUUCUUGUGGUGGUCCGCUCCCGAUAUUCUUCAGCUCUUGGGAGUGGAGUGGGAGGUGGCGCGUCUAGCAGGAAGGUUCUGCCGCUUUAUGCUCAUCGGGCUGCCUUCCAUGGGCGUCCUCGAGGCUCUUCGGAAGUACCUCCAAGCGCAAGGGAUCAUGAAGCCCUUCGUGUACGCUUCCCUCGCCGCUAACGUCGUUCACCUGGUGGGGUGCUGGCUGCUGGUGACAAAGGACGUUCUGGGGCUAGGAGUGGCAUCGGCAGCGCUCUCUCUCUCCCUUGCCUACUACGUCUCCCUCCUCAUCGUCCUCGCUGCUUGCAAGGUGCACGGCCUUCACAAACCGACAUGGCAUGGGUGGGAUCGCGAGUGCCUCUUGCACCUUGAUGAAUUUCUCAAGCUCGCUCUGUCAGGAGUGGGGAUGAUCUGCUUGGAGUGGUGGUGCUUCGAGAUCGUCACCCUGGGUGCUGCUCAACUCGGUACGACGGUGAUCGCAGCUCAGACCAUCAUGUUCAACACGACCGAGCUCUCCUUCAUGGUUUCUCUUGGACUUUCAGCUGCUGUCAGUGCACGUGUGGGGAACGCAUUGGUCUCCAGCCUUGUCACCGUAGCCAUCUGCUGCCUGAUCUCCGGCCUGCUCAGCGUCGUCCUCUUCGUUUUCCGCGAGCAGUGGGCGAAGAGUUUCUCGUGUGAUGAAGAAGUUUGGCAACUAAUCGCGUCGGUCAUUCCCAUCCAGGCCUCCUUUCUCAUUCUUGACUCGCUCUGUGGCGUUCUUGGUGGCAUUCUCAGAGGGUGCGGUAAACAGCAUAUUGGCUUUCUCUUCAACAUCCUUUCAUACUACGUCAUCGCCCUGCCUGCGGGUAUCCUCCUCACCUUCAAGGAGGGCUUGGGGUUGCAUGGCAUGUGGAUCGGCCUUGCGUUCGGCUCAGCCACGCAGGUACUGGGUGUUGGAUUCGUUCUCCUCCGCAAGGACUGGAACGCAACAGCUCGAGCAGCGCAGGAUAGGAUUGCAAGACACUCCAUCAGCGAGGAGGACUGUGCCAAAGGGCUUCAAGGCAGCAGCGACCGCUUGGACCUUCUUGCCAACAUGCAGGAGCAAGUCUAG